CAAAGUGUUACCGGAAGUAGGUUACCUUAUUUUGAAAGGGACUUUCUGUUGUCAGCUAAGCGGCGGUUCUCAGGCUGUAUGUCCGUUCAGAAACCGAAAAGAAGGCAGAAAUUGAAGGCGACCUGCUCUUUAUCCUCGUCACCAUCCCGCUGAUAUGAGACUGAACCGAAGGUGAUUGGUCAGUUUGGAGACAGGUUUGUGAAACGCGAUGGCUGAGAGGUUCCCUGCCAGCCCUGGUUCUUCAGAACCGGACAGCCCCAGAGGUCUGAACCGAGGAUGUCUGCUGGAACCCGCAGAGGACCUGUUCAGUGAUCUGUCCGUCAUUGUCCCAGAAACCCCCAGCCCACAGCUCGGCAAACGGAGGAGACACCGCCGUACUGCAGAGGAUCUUUACAGCCCUGGACCUCAGGUGGCGACCGGCGGCUCUCCAGGACCAGAGAAGUCCAUAGGGGCCGGCGAAGGUUUUUCACUUAAAUCUAAGCGCCGGCGACUGGUCGACCCGAGUGUCGGCUUCGUUCCAGCAUCAUCUCUCAGGAGUUUUCCUCUGGGCGGCUGGCUGGAAGCCCCGUCCUCCUCAUCAUCUUCUUCCUCCUCGUCUUCGUUGUCUUACUCCUCCAACUCCUCCUCCGUCUCCUACCUCACUCCAGAGUCAGUCCUCAGGUCAAACCAGAUUGACGCGUCAGCUUCAGCGUCUCCCCCCGCAGCAGCAUCCUCAUCCAGCUCGCUGUCCUUCCUCACCGAUGAGGAGAGGAAAUGGCUGAACGAAGGACAAGGAGACGCCUCACUAGACGUGGUGGAGCAGAUCGUCAUCAGCGACGAUGAGGAGGCGACUGUUCGCUCGUUACAGAUGAAGGAAGAUGAGGCGCUGGCGCGGAGCCUGCAGGCUCAGUUCGACCAUGAGGAGUCGCUCAGCAGACAUCAUCAUCACAGCCAUCAUCUUCAUCAUCAUCAGCAGAGCCACCAAAGGUGUUACUCCUACGUCCAGCCCAGCUGGAUGUCUCAGGUGUUGGCCGCCGUCUCUCCUCUGGUUGGAUUUGAAGAUGAUCUGAUUGGUCAGCACAUGCGGCGUGGGCGGGGCCGAAGGAGGAGCAGGUUACCUGACUUCGCAGAAGAUCUCCAGGGGAACGACUACGAGGUGAGAAACCAAGCCGAACCCAAUGUCGUCUCCGAACAACGGCGGGUUUUUUUUUGUUGUUGUUUUUUUCUUUCUUUCCGGAAAGUUCCGGAAAGUUCCCCCCAGAGCAGGGAGCCAUGGAAACGCCUGGUUUCCGUGGUAACUGCGGUAAGGGGUUACCACGAUUCCUUUCUUCUCCUCUCAGGCUCUCCUGGAGUUCGAAGAGCGGCAGGGCGCCGUUGUGUCAAAGAAAAUGAGUCGCAGGGAAAUCCAGAGGUUUCCAACCAAAAACUUCUGCUCUGCGACCAACAGCGGGAAUACCCAGUGAGUCCAGAACCCGGUCUGGUCCAGUUCGGUCCGACCCGACCCGAACCGGAAGAUUUAAAACUGCCUCUCUGUUUUACCUAUCCGCAGGUGUCAGAUAUGUUUCUGCGAAUACGCUGACAAGGACAAGCUGAGGAUGCUGCCCUGUUUCCAUGACUACCACGUCCAAUGCAUCGACAGGUGGUUAAAGGACAACUCCACCUGUCCUAUCUGCAGGGCCAACCUGGCUGAUGGAGACUCUCUAGCGCCCCCUACGCUGUGACCCGAAACUCCUCCCCGUUUUCUAAAGAAUAACUGAUCCAUUAUUUUUAGACUGUUAUUCCCUUUGUAUUUUUUUUUAUAUAUAUUAAACUCUGCAGGGUCAGUUGAAGCUGCUGUUGUUUGAUCUGUUCUUAAAUAAAAAUGUUUCUAUUUUC